AUGUCAGCCAACAAGGAAAAUAACCUUGUUCAGGCUUAUAUUGAAUUAAAUAAAUUCUGCCAAAGUGGUGAUUAUGAUAGAGCGUUAAAAGCAACAGGCAAAGUCCUUCAAAUAGCUCCAAAUGAGCAGAAGGCAUUCCACUGCAAGAUUGUGUGCCUUAUACAACUGCACAACUUCAAGGAGGCACUAGCAGUACUCUGCAACCCCAAGAAUGCUGCAUUGGCUGCAGACCUGCAUUUCGAGAAGGCAUAUGCCCAGUACCGUCUCAAUUGCCCCAAGGAGGCCUUGCAAACUGUUGAAAAUGCUCCCGAGCUGACUCCUGCUUUAAAGGAGUUGAGGGCUCAAAUCUUGUACCGUCUGGAGCAGUACCAGGACUGCUAUAACUUGUACCGGGACAUUGUGAAGAACACCACUGAUGAGUAUGAAGAUGAGAGGAAGGCCAACAUGUCUGCAGUUGUGGCUAACUUGGCUGCACUCAACCCAUCAGCAGACUUGCCCCAAUUCGAGGAGCACACGUACGAGUUGUCGUACAACGCGGGCAGCACGCUAGCGAUGCGCGGCAAGUACAACGAGGCGCUCCCGGUACUCAAGCGAGCCGAGCACUCCUGCUCAGAGAGCGUACUCGAGGACGGAGGCACUGAGGAGGAAGCUAAAGAAGAAGCUGCUAUCAUCAGGGUCCAACAAGCUUACUGUCUGCAACAGAUGGGUAAGGAAAAGGAAGCUAUGACCAUCUACCAGAAUGUGUUGAAGGACAAGCCGAGUGACCAGGCACUAGUUGCUAUUGCCAGCAACAAUAUUGUUGUUAUUAAUAGGGAUGGCAACGUUUUCGACUCCCGCAAACGUAUGAAGGCGGCGACAGCUGACGGACUCGAGCACAAACUGAACUCGAGACAACGAGCCGCCAUCACGUAUAACCAAGCCAUACUCGCCAUUUACUCUAACCAGCCUGAUUUCUGCAAGCAAUGCUGUGUGAAAUUGGUUCGUGAGUUCGGCGGGGACCGUCGCGCGGCGCUAGUGGAGGCCUCGUCGCUAACGAAGGAGGGCAAGAGGCAACAAGCCGUCACUCUGCUCCUCAAACAUGGCGGAGAUCUUACCUUGGCAGCCGCACAGGUUUUACUGUCUCAGGGUGAUCGUAAAGGCGCAGUGAAGUUAUUAGAAGAGAGUGAGUUCAAGUACCGGCCGGGUGUGAUCGGAGUCCUAUGUACCUUGCUAUCUGCUGACAAUGAAUACGAGAAGGCCUCGCAAAUGUUCUCCGAUGUCUAUGAACAUUAUAAGAAUGAUGACGAGCGCGUGUCCGCGCUGGUGUGCGUGUGGCGCGCGGCGGCGGCGGCGCACGGGCGGGCCGCGCGGCCGGCCGCCGCCGCCGCCGCGCACGAGGCCGUCGCCCGCGCCGCGCCGCGCGACACGCGCAGUCUGGCGCGCCUCGUCAAGGCACUCGCGCAGCACGACCCCGACCGGGCCAAGCAACUCGCGCAGUCGCUGCCACCGCUGCAUGAGCUCGAGACUAAGAUAGACAUAGACGCUUUGGAAUCGUCAAAAUGGAUGAUGGGAGCGAAAGUUGUGAAGAAAACUGUGCAAAGCAAACAGGAACAAUCACCUGGAACACCUGGUUCGGAACUUGGAAAGAAGAAACUGAAACGCAAACGCAAGACCAAGCUCCCACCCAACGCGGACCUGUCCAGACCUCCGGACCCAGAAAGAUGGCUACCGAAGUACGAGCGGACCGCGUACCGGAAACGUCGCGGCGUACGGCGUGACGUCAUCAAGGGCAGUCAGGGAAUGUCUACUACUGCAACUGACCAAUAUGACAUGAGCAAACAGCAGACCACGCCGACAGCCGCGGCGUCGACCGCGAAGAGUCCUCGCGUCGACAAACAAGCGGAGAGCGCCUGGUCGCGCAAACAACAACAAAAGAAAAAGGGCAAGGGUCGCAAAUGGUAG